GCAGCCGCCCAGCCCUGCCCUUUGCCGCAGUCCGGUGACACACAAGCUUCAGCGCUCGUGGUUUUGCCCAGGGAGACACAGCCAGCUGAGAAGUCCUUUUUCCAGCAGAUGACCAGUCCUCACCCGGUGAAACCCAUCAGCGCCGUGGUGCAGGAGGUCUCCAGCGAGAAGAAGCAGCAGCACAGGUCCAGCCUGACGACGGCUCUGAGCAAUGGCCUGGAGAAGCUGAAGACAGUCACUACGAGCAGCGUCCAGCCUGUGGCCCCGUCCUCUCACCCGGAGAAAAUGGACUCGAAGUUAAAGGAUCCCACCGUACUGGACCAGUCAGCCAAGUAUUACCACUUGACCCACGAUGAACUCAUCCAGCUCCUGCUGCAGAGGGAGAAGGAGCUGAGCAAGAAGGAGGAGCACAUCCAGGAGCUGGAGAACUACAUUGACCAGCUGCUGGUGCGCAUCAUGGAGCAGUCUCCCACGCUCCUCCAGAUCCCGCUGGGGGAAAACAAGACCAAGUAACCUCUCCCCAGAGACCAGCAUCACUUGCCUCGAGCUCUUCUCCAAUAACCACGCUGCAAACAUCCCUGCACUCCCCCCUCCUCUUCCAAGAGGGCUCCAGUGGCUUCUGUUGGCAGAGUUUAGCAGGAAAGGUUCUCUGCUCCUUCCCGGCCCCAGCUUAGCCCAGCUCUGGCUCCAGGGACCUGCAGGGUGGUGGGCUGUCAGCCACCCCGUGGGGAGGAGCAGAGCCCUCCGCAGGAGGCAGAUGCCUCUUUAGGUUCCUGUCGUUGUGACCGAGUGGCAUCUUCUCAGGCACUCAUCCUGCCGAUGCUUUAAGUGG